AUUAUUAAAGGUUAUAUAGUUUACAAUAUUCGGUCGCCAUAUGCAAAACAACAACAUACACAUAAAUUUAUGAUGAUCAACGAUAAUACAGUGUUCGAUCACGUUUAAAACAUAAUUCAAGAAUUAAAUUAUUUAAAUUAUCCACAUACCAUGGAUACAGCUGACACGAUCGAAUAUGCAGCUACAAAUAACAUAAAAAUAAAAGACGCGUGCUUCAGAUCCCUUAUUCGAAGAAAUUGAUGGUUCUCCCGACUUUGAUAUCCACAAAAAUUAUAUAAAAAAAAAAACAAUUUCGAAAAAAUUGUGAAAUCGUUCGACCCUAUUUGAUAUCAAUACCGAUCCUUCACUGAAUAAUCCAGGGAAAAGAAUCGUCGUCUCAACUUACGACACUACUAGAAGAAGCUGCGUUAUUAAGUGAAGCAACGGUGUUGUUUCGAAGGUAAAAUAAUGAAGAAGCGGCGACCGUGUACUUGGAACAUAUCCCGUUCUCCAGGAAAUUCGCCGACGCCUCUUCAUGCUCGCGAGCUCGACAGCUUCCCUGUUAAAACGAGAAGCUCCCACGAUUUGAAGCGUCGCCGUUUACAGCGAUACGGCUCGAAAUUACAAAAGAAGAGCCCCGACCACAGCGAACCGGGUUUGAAGAGAGAUGCGUUCGGUUCGUUGGAAUCUCUGUUCGACCUAAAGAAGCCUCUGAAUUUGCCGGAAGUGUUCUCGUUAACGGUCGAAUGCUAUCAAGAGGGGCACGUUUACCGUACAUCAGAAAAAUUCAAUAACAAAAACCUCGUAGAAUCUCCAUGUACGCGACGCCGAGCGGAUCUUGAGCCGCACAUUCUCGAACGGGUGCUUUAUGAGGUCGACGAUCGUAAAAGUAAACCGGAAGAGACCAGGUACGAGCGAAACGUUGGAACGCCAAGGGAGUCGAAAGAGAUCAGAAUACCAAGCCCGGUAGAGGAGGCAUCGUCAACCAUGGCUGAAAAUGAGGGGGACGCGAUACAAGAAGUAGCCGAGGAAGAUGUCGAAGAUGUUCCUGAGGCAGCUCCCGAAGAAGCUACCGAGGAAGUUACCGAAGAAGUUAUCGAAGAAGUUCCCGAAGAGGUUCCCGAAGAGGCUCCUAAAGAAGUUACCGAAGAAGUCCUUGAAGAAGAUACGGAAAAUGCGGUUACAGACAUGCCUCUGGAAUAUCCGCUUCCUCCUGGCGUUGGCCAAGGUGUUCCGAUCAAACCUGGUGGCAGAGUAGAGUCCAUAUUGAGUUCGUCUCCUAUAACCGAUCGCAUUGUGUUAGAAGAAAUAAAGAAAGCCGAUGAACAUUGCGUUAGGCUCGCGAAGGAGAUCGAGCAAUUAAAACUUGAGAUAGCUGAGCUCACCGUGAAAAAGAACUUAACGGAAGAAGACACGCUAAUGAUUCAAACCAAGCAGGAUGAAGUAAUGACGAAGCUGGCGGAAUUUGAGCAGAUAACACGAAAGUUACAACGAUCGAUAGGCUUGACUGAUUUCUCGAGCGGCACCUUUUCCAAAAUGUUCGAUAUGCUACCUGAGUCAUUACCUGAAUUGCAGCUUAUCGCCGAAGAAGAAGUGGAAAUUGGCGUUGAUCAUGAAAUAGAUCGUUCGGUGGAUGCGUUCGAUAAACAAGAUGUAAAAGUGCCGAAGGAGAGGCCCGAGGAUCUUUUUGAUUUGCCUCAAAUAGAUUAUCCGGAAGACAAACUUCCGAGAGUGAUCGUGUGCGGAUACACCGAAGACGAGAUCCCAAAAAUCGUCGUGGCGGACAGCAAGAAAAGAGGCAAAGACAGAUCGCUACAGAAUCUGACGGGGAAGUUAACGGAAUCGUUGACCAUGCAAGAAAAAUUGGUGCUAGAAAACGCGCAGCUCGAAGGCGGCAAAUAUAAAUUAGAAGAAGCGUUACUGGAGAAGGAUUCUGCGGUCGAGAGCCUGCAGAGGAAGGUAUGCGGUCUACAGGCUGAAAUGAGAAUAAUCGUGAAGGAAAACUCGGAAUUGACUCGCCAAUUAACUUGCUUGAAUCAACGAAUCACCAGUCCUUGUUGUUACACCUGUCCAGGUGGAAAUCUGUCUCCAACGUCAAGCCCGUCGCCUUAUCGUUCGUUUUCGUACACCACUACGGUGCAACAAGAAGACGAUUACUGUCCGUGCAAGUGUUGCCUUCAGCCGCAAUUUGCCGACACUUUGUCACCGCACGGCAAUUCCGUAUGCGUGACGCAGAACAGUCGAACGGUGUUGCCUAGUGGAGAUUCACCCAGACUCGCGGGCGGCGCGUCGAGAACAAGAGCUUGUACCGAGAGCAGCGUUUCUUCUCAAAUCGACGAAAUGUGUUGCCGGAGUCCUGCCGCUGCUAAACCACCAUGUCCGGGACCACCGCCUAGAGGGACGUGUCCCGCGGAACUGGAGAACCAACUGGCGAACUACAACACCAAUAGCAAACAGAUAGAACAACAAUUAGGUAGUAUAGAAUGCGAAGUACGUAACAUGCAAAUGGAACUUGCUAACGUACAGCGUGAACGUCAGCAGCUGGAGCAACAACGUAAGUUGUUGAAAUGCACCGGUCCUUGCGCGCCAUGUGGCUGUUGUCCUCCGCCACCUAUGAACCUUCCACCUUUGAGUUCCCCGUCUUACGUACCGCCUGCACCGAUUCUACCACCGCCUCCCGUACCUCUUGCAAAGAUGCCACCCGCACCUUCUUCAACCUGUACUGGUCCUUGUAUAAAUGCACCUAUGGGCGCUAGCACGUGUCCUCAGCAACAGUUACGUGAUCUCCGCGAGCAAUACGCACGUCUUCAGGAUGAUUACAAAAACAAAUUAUGCGAGGUUUCGUGUUUAAGAACAGAUGCGGAGAAAAUGAAACAACAAACACGCGAAGCCAUAGAAGAAAAGGAGAAACUGGAUAUUAAACUGAUAGACGCUCAAGAGCGUUUAAAGGCUAUCGAGUCUGAAAAAGAAAAAUACGAAGGUUUCAAGGAACAAAUGGUCGAACAGGAACAGCAAUUGAUCGUGAUCAAACAACGUUUCCGAGAAUCGCAAGAUGAACUCGAAGAAUUGCGAUCUCUGAUCCAAGAUCAGUCUGCUCAGCUCGAGGAUUAUCGUAAUAAAUAUUUACAGGCGCAACAACAAGUCGAAGAGCAACGCCGGCAACUCGAUCUCAUGGAGAUGGAUAACGCGCGAAUGAACGAAAACGUGACGUUAGAAAUCGGUCGAGUUAAAAAUCAGUUCCAAGAGAAGCUCGCUGAACUCGCUCCGUUACCGGACCUUCUGAAACAAACGCAAGUGAAGCUGCAGGAAGCGCAACAGAUGCGUCUGGUCGCCGAAAGGAACUGCGAGGACCUUUCGCGGGAGCUUAUAGGGUGCAAAGAUAAAAUGCAAACUUUGCAAAAUCAGUUGGACGUUCUACGCAGCGAGUAUCAAUCACUCCAGGAUGAAAGAGGCACCGGAACAGGUCGGUUCGACGAGCUGGAAAAGAAGAAUUCCGAGUUACGGCAUGAAAAUGAACGCAUGAAAAAUACGCUUGCCAGAUUUGAGGAACACGAGGCACAGUUACAGAAACGCAUUGAUGAAAAGAUGCACGAAGUUACUCAAUUAACAGCGAUGCUCGAACAAGUUCGAGAAGAUUCCGCGAGACAGGUCGCGAGAACAAAAGAGAGGUGCGAGACUAUAAGAAGAUCGAUGCAAGGUCAAAUUGCGGAAAUGGAAAGACAAUUGGCGCAAUGCAGAGCUAUCGCGAGGGCCGCACAAAAGGAUAGAGACGAAAUCCGGCAGAAGAUGCAGGGUCAAAUAAAUAAUCUAAAUGAAGCGUUUGAACAGGCUCAAGGUCGCAUAAGAUCAUUGCAGGGUCAUGUAAAUUAUUUGAAAACAUCUUAUAGCAACAUCUUCCACGGACAAGGUGAAGUUCCACCUGGUGUCUUACCUGGAGAGGCUGGGCCAGGAUUUGAUUCCUGCGACUGCAAUUAUUAA